UGGCGCUGGCGGCGGAGGGUGCUGCUGCUAUUUAGAGCAUGUGAAACAACUCCGGGAACUUGGGUUCCAGUAUGUGGUAUAUCAUGCAGAGCAUUCAGAGUAAAUAUUCUUUAUCUGAGCGUUUGAUCCGGACCAUAGCAGCCAUUCGCUCCUUCCCCCAUGACAAUGUUGAAGACCUUAUCAGAAGGGGAGCGGACGUUAACUGCAUGCAUGGCACGCUGAAGCCACUGCACUGUGCUUGCAUGGUUGCGGAUGCAGAUUGCAUCGAGCUGCUGUUGGAAAAAGGAGCUGAGGUCAAUGCCCUUGAUGGGUACAACCGGACAGCCCUUCACUAUGCAGCAGAGAAGGAUGAGACUUGCGUGGAGAUCCUUUUAGAAUACGGGGCCAACCCAAAUGCCCUGGACGGCAACAAGGACACACCGCUGCACUGGGCUGCCUUUAAGAACAACGCUGAGUGCGUCCGAACGCUUUUGGAGAGUGGAGCCUUUGUCAAUGCUCUGGACUACAACGAUGACACCCCCCUGAGCUGGGCAGCGAUGAAGGGCAACCUAGAGAGCAUCAGCAUCCUUCUGGAAUAUGGGGCGGAGGUCCGGGUGGUCAAUCUGAAGGGGCAGACGCCAAUCUCCCGGUUAGUGGCCCUGCUGGUGAGAGGACUGGGCACCGAGAAGGAAGACACCUGCUUCGAUCUCUUGCACAGGGCCGCUGGGCACUUUGAACUGCGGAAGAACGGUGCCAUGCCCCGUGAGGUCCUGCGGGCCCAGCCGCUGUGUGCAAAGCUCACCACCCUGUGCUCCGUCCCCGGCACCUUGAAGACACUGUCGCGCUACGCCGUGCGCCGCAGCCUGGGAGUCCAGUUCCUGCCAGAUGCGGUGAAGGAACUCCCUUUGCCAGAGUCUCUGAAGGACUACGUCUUGCUUAAGUAAAAAAAAAAGGGGGGGAGCUUUGUGGGAUUCCAUCGCACAGAUCAGUUGGCUGAUGUUCCUUUCCUGACAUUUCAUAAGGACCAUAGAAGCAAAACAUGAAUUAGAUUCUGUAGCUCUCUGUAACCUCACAGGCCAAAGGGCUCCUUGGUCUGGGAGUGGCCGGAUUGGUUUCCCUCAGCUUCUGCCUUUGCUCCUUCAAGCAGAUGAAGGAAAAGAUACUCUCCGUGUUCCAAACAAUAUCAAAAUAUAAUUGCAAUACUUUCCAUUCACAACAUAGUAUUACAAUAUAAAUUUCAGUAACAAAUUCAGUGACAAAUACCAUCCAAAGCACACAACUUCACUACUGUCUAUAAGAUGGUAUCAGGUUCUUUCCAAACAAUACAGUCUGACAAUGCAAAACUGGUCCAUUCUUGUUUCGGAUCCUUAUGAUCCUUCCUCUGGAACGCAGUGAAAUGCUGAAAGAUGGAGAAAGAACAGUAGCGUUCUAGUAAUGAAAUAAAUUAGAGAAAGCCUGGGAAACAGUGUAUAGUAAAGAAAUAAGGCACCAUCAGACUACUGCAUUCAAAAUUAAUAAGACGUUCCCAGAGGAAGGAUCAUAAGGAUCCGAAAUGAAGACGGACCGGUUUUGCAUCAUUGGACUGUAUUGUUUGGAAAGAACCUGAUAUCAUCUUAUAGACAGUAGUGAAGUUGUGUGCUUUGGAUGGUAUUUGUCACUGAAUUUGUUACUGAAAUUUAUAUUGUAAUACUAUAUUGUGAAUGGAAAGUAUUGUAAUUAUAUUUUGAUAUUAUUUUGUAACAAGGAGAGUAUCUUUUCUGUCAUUUCCUGAUUGUUAACCUCUGUGGUCCCGGCGUUGUUUGCUCCUUCAGCGACAGUGGUCAGAAGAUGUCUCCGGUUCCCCCUUUGCAACCCGGAAAGCCUCAAGUGACAGCCCUGGUGUUUUUGUAACCUGCAGGCGGAUCUUUACUAUUAAAACCUUAGGGAAGAUUGCUGCCAAGGCUCAUUGACGGACGGGGGAAGGACUGUCAUCUGGAGCAGCUUCUGAUGGACAGUGGAGUGACUUAAUGAAGGGGUGUGUGUGUUAAUGUCUUUAUACGGAGUGAAGCAUUCUGGUGACCCCGCUUUCCUGUUUCUAGCUUUACAGUUUGGGAUCUGCAAACCCAUUUGGCUUCAUUAUGUAGCACAGGAGUUGACCUUUUCCUUUCAGGGAGAGCAGUAGCUUGAUGGAUUUGAGCAAGGAAUCCAGAGGUCACCGCCUUGACCACCUUUAUGUCUCUCCUCUUCACUCUGUUGGAUGGUUCCGCUUAAGCAGGUGAGGGGAGCAGCCCUUCCGGAAGCACUACUGAAUCAUGGUGUUUGCUUGGUUUUUAAUUUUGGCCAGACCUCUACACAGGCCCCUAGCUAACCAGGGGCCCACAGGGCCUGGCCCUGUGACAGUUGGGGGGGGGGGGCCUCACCCCCAGGUUGCCCCUCUCUUCUGUGCAAUUUAAAUUAAGUGGGAGGGGCAGCCAGGAGCAGCUGCUGCCCCUCCCAUGUCAUUUAAAGGGCCCAAAUAGCAUGGGACCAGUGGCAGGAGCAGGCACCAGCCUCCUGAAUUACUUAAAUGGCCCCUUUCCCCUGCAGCCCCCCCAUAGCCCCCUCCCCUCAUGGUCCUUACUUAUGAGGCUGCCUCUACAUGGAUUUGACGGAGACAGAACUUUGAAGCAUGAUUUCAUCCAGAAGAUGCAGAAUAUUGAUCUGUGAACGUUCUGUCAUUGGUUUGGGGUAGGGAGGUGGGGGCAACAUAUCCUGCAGAUAGAAAAGUCGCAUUUGGUCCAGUUCUUCCCUUGUGCUGGUCUUCUAGCAUCAAGGAGCUGGGGUGCGAAAGAGGGCUUUUCCACAUUCUCAUUUUCCUCACUUGUGAGUUCCUGUUUCUUGGUGGAGGGGAGGGUAUCUUGUUCCACACGUAUUUUGGUCCCUCCAGUGGUCGAUUUAAUAUCACUGAAGUUUAAAUCUGCAGUGAGAGAUGCUGGAUAUAAACCUGUGUGAUAUCAAAGUGACCACUAGAGAGGGAGCAAAAUGUGCAGAAUGGACCCUCCCCCAGCAAGAAAAUGAGAUACUGGGAAAAGCCCCUGGAGAAGCAUUCACAAUAGUACAGUUCAUUCAGCUGCAUGCGUAUAUGCAGUCUUUAUUGAUCAGGAGUUACAAUAAGCGUCCCAACAAAGCCGCUCUACUCACUUACCUGGGAAGAUGUAAAUAAUUUUUUUUUUAAAAAUCUGGUAGUGAGACCAGUCUGUCUCGUAAGGUGAUAAAGGAAGUGAGCUCUUUUUAGCUCUGUGUGUUUUGCAAAUCUCAUUCACAGCUUUGAAGCUUGUCAAGUCACUGUCUUCAGCUUCACUCUUAGCUCCAGAAUCAAGCUCCAGUUUACUGCAUUCAGCUAAGCAAUAGUGGCCCCUAUCAUAUUCAGUCAACUCCUAGGUUGCUUUCAUACCAUACAGCUUCUUUUUAACACUGGCUAUUUUUUGAUUAAUUUUCACUGUGUGUAUAUAUAAGGGGAGGAAUAAAAGACUUGGAGGCGUUUGCUUUCUGCGGGGAGGAA